AUGGGCAAGGACCAGGAGCUGGUGCAGGCGGUGAAGGCGGAGGACAUCGCGGCCGUGCAGAAGCUGCUGCAGAGGCCCAAACCCGGCAAAGCCAAGCUCCUUGGAUCAGCAAAGAGAGUCAAUGUCAAUUUCCAGGACACCGAUGGGUUCUCUGCCCUGCACCAUGCAGCACUCAAUGGGAACACAGAGCUCAUCUCGCUGCUGCUGGAGGCACAGGCUGCGGUGGACAUCAAGGAUAACAAAGGCAUGCGGCCCUUGCACUAUGCAGCCUGGCAAGGCAAGAAGGAGCCCAUGAAGAUGGUGCUGAAGGCAGGCUCUUCUGUGAACAUCCCAUCAGAUGAGGGACAGAUCCCCCUGCACCUGGCAGCACAGCACGGGCACUACGACGUGUCUGAAAUGCUCCUGCAGCACCAGUCCAACCCCUGCAUCAUGGACAAUUCAGGCAAGACGCCCCUGGACUUGGCAUGCGAAUUUGGCCGGGUUGGGGUGGUCCAACUGCUCCUGAACAGCAACAUGUGUGCGGCGCUGCUGGAGCCUAAGCCAGGGGACACCACCGACCCCAAUGGCACCAGCCCUCUGCACCUUGCGGCCAAGAAUGGACACAUCGACAUCAUCCGGCUCCUGCUGCAAGCUGGCAUUGACAUCAACAGGCAGACUAAGGCGGGCACAGCACUGCACGAGGCAGCCCUGUGUGGCAAGACGGACGUGGUGCGGCUCUUGCUGGAUAGUGGAAUUAAUGCCCACGUCCGGAACACGUACAACCAGACGGCUCUGGAUAUUGUCAACCAGUUCACCACCAGCCAGGCCAGCAAGGAGAUCAAGCAGAUGCUGCGGGACGCCUCAGCUGCAUUGCAGGUGCGGGCUGUCAAGGACUAUUGCAACAACUACGACCUGACCAGCCUCAAUGUGAAAGCUGGAGACGUCAUCACUGUGCUGGAGCAGCAUGCAGACGGGCGCUGGAAGGGCUGCAUCCACGACAAUCGGACCGGCAACGACCGCGUGGGCUACUUCCCCUCCAGCCUCGUGGAAGCCAUAAGCAAGCGAACAGGCAAAUACUUCCCCACCUCUACCUCCCAAACCAGUCCCAAGGAGCAGCCCAGCCCUAGGGACCCUCCUGUCGGGCUGGGGCUCAGGGGCUGCAUUGCCACUGCUGAACCAAAGGGCAGUGUCCCCAUUGUGCAUGUGAACUUGCUGUCCCCACCGCACAGGGUGGGACAGGGUGGAUUGGCUGCACCUGCACCCACCGAGGAGAUCUGGGUGCUGCGGAAACCUUUCACAGGUGGCGAUCGCAGCAGCCUGGGUAGCACAGGCAGCGUGGCCUCAGCCCGCAGCUCCGGGAGUGGGCAGAGCACGGGCAGUGGGGCGCACGCCCUGCAUGCUGGCUCUGAGGGCGUCAAGCUGCUGGCAACGGUCCUUUCCCAGAAGGCUUCUGCGCAAGAUGCUGCCGUGGGCGAUGGGCCGGCCAAGGCGCAGGACAUCCCCGCAGGCUCGUCGCGGUCGCAGAGUGUGGCCAGCUCCCCCUAUGCACCCCAGCCACCUGCCGAGCAGCAGCUGAAGAAGAUGGAGCCACCAUCAGAGGGGAAGAGCUCAGAAGCUGUGUACCAGUGGCUGUGUAAGUUCCAGCUGCAGCUCUACGCACCCAACUUCAUCAACGCCGGCUACGACAUAACCACCAUCAGCCGGAUGACACCAGAGGACCUCACAGCCAUUGGUGUCACCAAGCCAGGGCACAGGAAGAAGAUUGCCUCUGAGAUCAAUAACCUCAACAUCCCCGAGUGGCUGCCCGAGUACAAGCCGGCCAACCUGGCGCUGUGGCUCUCCAUGAUUGGCCUGUCCCAGUACUACAAGGUGCUGGUGGAGAACGGCUACGAGAACAUCGACUUCAUCACUGACAUCACCUGGGAGGACCUGCAGGAGAUCGGCAUCACCAAGCUGGGCCACCAGAAGAAGCUGAUGCUCGCAGUGAAGAAGCUGGCAGAGCUGCAGCGGGCUGAGCUGGGCAAGUAUGAGCCAGGCACACUGAAGAGGAAGGCAGCGGCAUGCCCAGAGGUGCUGGCCAUUGAGUCCCCACCACCUGAGCCACCCGAGUGCCAGUCACCCAAGAUGACAACGUUCCAGGACAGCGAGCUGAGCAGUGAGCUGCAGGUGGCCAUGACAGGUGAAGGACCUGAGGAGACGCCCGAGAAACCAGCCAACCCUGCAGCCCCUGGCUACCGAUCACCACCAGCGCUGGGCGGCCGCGCCAGGCAGAUGAGCAGCUCACAGGAGCUGCUGGGUGAUGGCCCCCGUGCCCCUGCCAGCACCGCCAUCUCCAAGAGCCAGGAGUACCUGGCAGAGGGGGCCCCCGAGGGUCCCCCUGUGCCUCCAACCAAGGAGCUCCGCCAGCCACGGCACGGCCACUCUGUCAAGCGUGCCAGUGUUCCGCCAGUGCCCGGCAAACCCCGGCAGGCCUUCCCGCCUACCGCCGGGCACCUGACACCACCACAGACCCCUGGCAAACCACGUCCACCCUCCCCACAGGGCCCAUCAGCACCCCACGCCACUGCCAAGGUGAAGCCCACUCCACAGCUGCUGCCACCGGGUGAGCGCCCCGCAUCACCCCGCUCCCUGCCCCAGUCUCCCACGCACCGUGGCUUUGCCUACGUCCUUCCGCAGCCCACCGAUGGUGAGGGGGCCCUCCCAGGGGUGCCAGUCCUGCCCGUCUCAGUGCCGGUGCUGUGCCUGCCACCAGCAGGUGAGGGUGAGGAGGAGCCGGGGAGGCCGAAGAAACGGGCACACAGCCUGAACCGCUAUGCCACCUCCGACAGCGAGCAGGAGCGGGACGAGCUGCUGGUGCCUGACGCGGGGCCUUAUGCUACUGUGCAGCGGCGCGUGGGGCGCAGCCACUCAGUGCGGGCACCUGCCGGUGGUGACAAGAAUGUCAACCGCAGCCAGUCCUUCGCCAUCCGCCCCAAGAAGAAGGGGCCCCCGCCACCACCCCCCAAGCGCUCCAGCUCUGCUAUAUCCAGUGCUGGCAUGGCCGAGGACUUCCCCAAGGAUGGUGAAGGUGAGGUGGCCACUGGAACCCCUGGCACUGAGGGGGAGAGUCGUCAGGAGCAGCGGCGUGCCAGCGAUCUGGGUGGCAGUGUGGACACGGGCAGCGCCGGCAGCGUGCGCAGCAUUGCAGCCAUGCUGGAGAUGUCCUCCAUCGGUGGUGGGGCGCGGGCGCUGGCCCUGCAGAAACCACCUGGGGCUGGUCCAGGAGCUCCCCCAGGAAGCCCUGAGCGUGCCCGUGUGGCCACCGUCCUGGCUACCGUCAAGCACAAGGAGGCCAUUGGGCUGGAUGGGGAGGUUGUGAACCGGCGCCGGACCAUCAGCGGUCCUGUCACCGGGCUGGUGGCGGCCGCACGCCGCGAGCGUGCCGACAGUGUGCGCUCUGAGACAGGCGCUGAUGGCCCCAGCGAGCGUCUGCGGGCUGAGCGUGGUGGCUCUCCAGACACAAUCCCCUUUGCUGAGGAGGGCAACCUCACCAUCAAGCAGCGACCACGUGCCCUGGGACCAGCCCGGGUGGAGGCAGGAGAAGGGCUGUCCCCAGCGCACCGCCAUGGAGACCUGGCCAAGGUGGAGGCCAGUGCCACACUUAAGAGGCGCAUCCGUGCCCGGCAGAGCCAGCAGGACAGCGUCCGCUUCAUCCUCACCGAGUCUGACACUGUCAAGCGCCGGCCCAAGGCCAAGGACAAGGAGCCAGCGCUGGAGCAAGCCCCUCUUGUCGUCUACCAGAAUGGCACCGGCACUGUCAAGCGGCGGCCAGCUUCAGAGCUGAGUGGAGCUGAGACUCCCCCAACCCCACCGCCUGCCACCCGCCCCGACGGCCCUGACUUCACCCCACCGCCUGCCGAGCCCAAGAAACCCUUCAAGCCACCGGUGUCCCCCAAGCCUGUGCUAACGCAGCCAGCGCAGAAAGUCCCUGGGCCACCAGUGCCCAUCCCCAAAAAGAUGCCCAUCCCAAGCCCAGGCAGCCCAGAGGUGAAGCGGGUCCACGGCACACCACCCCCAGUAUCCCCCAAGCCCACACCACCCCCCACGGCCCCCAAGCCGCCCAAGCCCCAUGCCGCCAUCCAGUCGGUGAGCGCGGGCUCCACGCCAACUCCGUCCCCCGCCCGGCAGCUGGGCGCUACUGCCAAGCCCUCCAGCACACCGCCCUCACUCUGCUCCAGCCCUGCCAAGCCCCUCUCACCCGGUGCUCAGCCCCAGCAGGUGCCAGUGAAACCGCCGCGUUCCGCUAUCGCCGGACCCUCUGUUGACAGUGCCAGCCCUGAGCUGGUGCAGCAAAAGCUGGAGGAGACCAGCGCAUCCCUGGCUGCUGCGCUGCAGGCUGUGGAGGAGAAGAUCAAGCAGGAGGACAGCCAGGCAACAGACUCCACUGCAGAGGCAAAGAGCACAGGCAGCAUCCUGGAUGACAUCGGCAGCAUGUUUGAUGACCUGGCCGACCAGCUGGAUGCCAUGCUGGAGUGAGGGGCGCGACGGCCCCGCGAACCUCAGGGCUUACGUGGGCACAAGGGCACAAUGAUCCGCGACCUCCCGGCCCCACCAUCCCCUUUGUACAGCCGUCCCCUCCUGGACCUCCCAUCCCUCGGGGUUUGCACAAAGAAGAAGAUACCUCAGGAUUGUGCUCACGGACUCGGCGCCCGCCCGCCACGGCUCCGGCAGGACUCCCUUCUGCAGAAGCAAAAAAAUACAAUAGAAGAAGCAAAGCAACACCACCCGGCCUGAAGCGCCCUGCUCGCACCAGAUCCGGGUUUGGGGUUUUCUCUCCCUACCCGUGGUGGCCCCAUGGUUGCCCUGCCGGCCCCGGUCCCCGAAUGUAGCACAACCCCGGUGCGGCACUGCUGGCAUUCAUCCACCCGUGCCCUCUUGUUCUGGUGGCGAGUCCGGAUGGGCGAUGCACUUAGGUUUCUUUAAUUUUUCUCUUCAUUUUCUCUUUUUGUCAUUUUUUUCCUUUGUCGUUCGCGAGCAUUGGGGUGGGCACGGUGCUGGGUACCCCCACAGCACCCGGAUCCCUGCACCCGCUGCUCUCCAGCCCCGCGCUGCUGCUGUGGGCUCUUCACGUCGGGGUGGGAGAGGGGCUUUUUGUCGGUACCGUUGCAAAUGGAUGAGCUCCUGCUUGGGGCAGGUGGGGAGCAGCAGGUUGUGCCCCUGCCCAGCCCCUCGCCGCCGGGGGAGAGGACGUCAUAAGCUAUA